AAUAUUCGAUUGGUAGAUGUUAUGUAAUACGAUAAAUUUGUUACUUUACUAUAGUGAAUUGUGUGAUUCGUUUUAUUAUAUUGUGAAAAUACGUAAGAAUUGGCAGCUACGAGUUUUUUUACUUAUGUUUUCAAUAAACGGCUAAUUUAAUUAAAAAGCGCUACUAUGUUUGGAGAGUAUCUAAGGAAAUUUACAUAUGAUCAUACUAAAGAAGGAAAGGAGCCUUUUCAUAAAUUAAUAGGACUUGGGAAAUAUGCUUACAUAGGUGCUGCUACGACAGCUUCAUUUGAUCUUUGUGUUGCACGACCAACACCUCAUAAAUAUGAAAACUUUAUUCGGGGUGGAAAACAUUUUCUGGUUUGGAUAGGUGCAUCGUCAGCAUUUACUCUUACUGUAUUGUUUUUAACUAAUAUCAGAAAAAAAGACGAUCCAUGGAAUUACUUUUAUGGCACAUUGGUUGCUGGCGGCUUUGUUUAUUCUCUUGUUCCCAGAGGCGGUAUUAUAACUAUGUUGACUGCAUAUGGAUCUUUAGGAGCAGCACUUUAUAAAUACCAGCUUUUAAAUGGUUAUAAACCAGAAAAAUUUAGGACUUUAGAAUCACAGAUGCUUUUUAAUUUCGACAGAUCGCCUGAUGUAAGAUAUUCAAACCCAGGUUAUUCUUUUUAUGUAAAAUGAAACUUUACUGAGUUGUUUAGUUACACAAUAUUAUUUGACUAGCCUAUAUAAGGUUAGUUUUAAAUAAUAUUUUCAGAAUACAUUUGAAGUAGUAAAAUGUAAUUUCUCCAAGUGUAUGUAAGAAAACAUAAUAAAAUAUCAAUAAUAAGUUA